CGGGCCAAGAUUACUCAUCGUCAACCGGUUGCCAACUUGUGCGAUCUGCCAAUAUCAUAGAAUGGGACCAGAUGAACGACCGAAAAGUUUUUGGAGCCAGAUCGGACAAGGAAAACUCAGAAAUGCUGCGGGAGCUGAGCAAGCGGCAGCAGGACGAGUGCCUGACCACGUGCCGGCACCGGGCCGCCGACACCACCAAGAAGCUCGGUGAGCGUCUGCGUGACACCAACUACUGGAAGUUCGAGCUCGAGAGGCUGCUGGAGGACAUGCGGAAUGAAAUUGACCUGCUGAUCGCCCAGAAGAACCGCCUGCGAAACUCCUUGAACGCCUCGCAGAUCCCGUACAUGAUCGUGACGGACAGCCUGGACACGAGGCGGCGCCGCAUCGACGGCGACCUCGUCACCGAUCAGCUGGACGUGGCCCUGAUGAAGGAGAUGGACGUCAUCAAGCGGGCCCGCGACCUCAUGGAGGACACGAGCGUGACGGCUGACCGGGUGCUGGCCGGGGACCGGCGCGCCAAGGACGCCCUGGAGCACGACUGGAGCGACAAGUACGAGGCGUCGCGCAUUGACAGCGCCGCCGGCGAGCUGACGCCCAACUCCACCAACAUCAAGCCGUACCCGGGCGUGCGCGCCUUCCACCCGGGCCAGUCGACGCUGGAGGAGUGGCGCGAGUUCACCCAGCGGAACCAGGACCGCGCCGAGGAGCAGCGCUGCGAGUCCACCCGCCUGCGUCACCUGAUCGACCGCAUCCUGCAAGAGGUGUCCCGUGACAUGCUGGCCGCCAGCGACGAGAGCGCUACAGCUACCGAGCGGCGAAUUCAGGAAGUAAUCGCCGCCCUGCAGCGGCUGGAGACAGAGCUACGAGAGGUGAUUCAGGAGAUCGCCAACCAGGAGCAGGCCAUCGCCGACCUGAAGCAGGCCAUCGACGACCUGGAGCGGCCACUGAUGGUGGCGCAGUCCCGCACGUACAGGCGCGGCUUCAGGCCGAACGUCGAGGAGUCCCGCGACCACCCGCAGUGCAGCCUGGCUGUGGAGCUGCUGGAGCUGCCGAAGCAGCUGGCUCUGCUGCGACAGCGACUGUCGGACGCCCAGCGACACCUGCAGACGCUGCUGAAUCGGCGAUGCGUGCUGGAGAACGAUGUCGCCGUGAAGCGGGAAUCGCUUCGCAUCGACAAGGACAAGGUUCGGGUGAUCCGCAGUCGCUACCCGUCCAGUGUGCGACUCAACGGAUACUGAUGACGUCACACAGACCGACGUCACAGAGGUGUCUGCCCCAGGCGACUAGACGUGGUCGCAUAAUCAAAUUGCCCCCGGCGCAAUUGGUUGUACGUUGCGGUGGAUGUUUUUCGAUGCUCCAUCGCUUUACUGGCUCUCGCCAGCUCUUCGUCCGUAAUUCUGGCUUGUGAUGUGCCUGCACCUGUCCUCAGCGAAUGGAGGCAAAUUUCGUCCGAUUUGUUGUCUUUUGCACAUAUAGUGUGUUGCUAGGAGUAAACAAAAGUCCGACAAUAAACACACUGCGAAAU